CUCAAACGCCUAUUGCAAUGAAUUUCAUCAUUAUUUUACAUCCAAAAUGACGUCUCUCUUCACAUCUCAAGCUUCACUCUAUAAAUAAGAUUAUGAUUCCUCUCUUCUCACCAACUCUGCAUACACGGCCAUGAACAAAUUUGAAGUUGAUUUUUAAGUUCAUCAAUUCCUGUGACGGAACACGACAAUAUGAGGCCUCGCUCCCUCUGACUUUCUUUAUAACUUUUCAUUCUCUUCGGUCCCAGAGAAGCAACAAUUUCAGUAUCGAUAUUAAUUUACGAAGUCGGGCUGAAAGAUUCAGGUCAAUCCGCAGCGGAGCACAAUCUCGACCACGAAGAAGUCAUAAACGUCAUCAAGAGCUUACAAGGUUUUCUCUACAUCGAAGCUAAGUUCAGGAGCUCAAACGGGAGACAUUGGUUUUUCCUGAUGAUGGGAAGAAAUAUGCGGCGGAAGGAUCGCCGGAGAUUCACUUUUUUCUCGGCUAUUUAUGAGGAAGGUAGCAUAUCCAAGGAUGAUCUCGAGAAAAAGCUAGAUCCUUCUAUUUUCAAAACUGGAAGCACGCAAGCUGUUAAAAAGAGGUGGGUUACAAUGGGAAAGCAAGUACCUAGGAAGGAACUUGACCAAGAAAGUGUCAACUUUCUCAAAACCAGGAAACUUAUAGUAACACCGGGAUGGACGGGAUAUGCUGAUGUUGAGAAAGGUCCUAAUUAUGCUUCCAAAAGUAAGAUUUUCGCUACUGACUUGACUCGAGAAAAUAAAGAGAAAAAUGGGUACUCACAUGUAGCUGGAAAGAGUUGGAAUUCAAGGAGUAUAACUUCAAUGCUAAGGGACAACAUCUUGAUGCUGGCCAUCUCCAUCCCCUUCUUAAGAUGCUCAGGAGUUGUUGAAAUCAUUUACUUCAAGCGCAAU